CGGCUGAUCAUGCAGUACCUGAAGGAGAACAGCCUCCACAGAGCCCUCGCCACUCUUCAGGAGGAAACUACUGUGUCUCUCAACACUGUGGACAGUAUUGAGAGCUUUGUGGCUGACAUCAACAGUGGGCAUUGGGACACAGUGCUGCAAGCCAUACAGUCACUGAAGCUGCCCGACAAGACCCUCAUUGAUCUCUACGAGCAGGUUGUGCUGGAGCUGAUUGAACUCCGGGAACUAGGUGCUGCCAGGUCUCUUCUGAGACAAACAGAUCCAAUGAUCAUGCUCAAACAAACUCAGCCAGAGCGGUACAUCCACCUCGAAAACCUUCUGGCCAGAUCUUACUUUGAUCCUCGUGAGGCAUACCCAGAUGGAAGUAGCAAGGAGAAGCGGAGAGCUGCUAUUGCACAAGCUUUAGCUGGAGAAGUCAGCGUGGUACCUCCAUCUCGUCUUAUGGCGUUGUUGGGGCAGGCAUUGAAGUGGCAGCAGCAUCAGGGCCUGCUUCCUCCUGGUAUGACAAUCGACUUGUUCAGAGGUAAAGCAGCUGUGAAAGACGUAGAAGAAGAAAAAUUCCCCACACAACUGAGCAGACAUAUUAAGUUUGGGCAGAAGUCGCAUGUGGAGUGUGCUCGGUUUUCCCCAGACGGACAGUAUCUGGUUACUGGCUCUGUCGAUGGUUUCAUUGAAGUAUGGAACUUCACUACUGGAAAGAUUAGGAAGGAUCUGAAGUACCAGGCACAAGAUAACUUUAUGAUGAUGGAUGAUGCAGUGCUGUGCAUGUGCUUCAGUAGAGAUACAGAAAUGCUAGCAACUGGAGCACAAGAUGGAAAGAUCAAGGUGUGGAAAAUCCAGAGUGGUCAGUGUCUGAGAAGAUUUGAACGAGCACACAGUAAAGGUGUUACAUGCCUCAGUUUCUCUAAGGACAGCAGCCAAAUUCUUAGUGCUUCUUUUGAUCAGACAAUCAGGAUUCACGGUUUAAAAUCUGGGAAAACUUUAAAGGAAUUCCGUGGUCAUUCUUCCUUCGUCAAUGAAGCUACUUUUACCCAGGAUGGCCACUAUAUUAUCAGUGCAUCCUCUGAUGGCACAGUGAAGGUUUGGAAUGUGAAGACGACAGAGUGCUCAAACACCUUCAAAUCUCUUGGCAGCACUGCUGGGACAGACAUUACUGUGAACAGUGUCAUUCUGCUGCCUAAGAACCCAGAACAUUUUGUUGUUUGCAACAGAUCGAAUACAGUCGUCAUUAUGAAUAUGCAAGGACAAAUUGUAAGAAGUUUUAGCUCUGGUAAGAGAGAAGGUGGUGACUUUGUCUGCUGUGCGCUUUCACCUCGUGGUGAAUGGAUCUACUGUGUUGGUGAAGAUUUUGUGCUGUAUUGCUUUAGCACAGUGACCGGCAAGCUGGAGAGAACUCUGACUGUUCAUGAAAAAGAUGUCAUUGGCAUUGCUCAUCACCCCCACCAGAACCUGAUUGCCACUUACAGUGAAGAUGGCCUCCUCAAGCUCUGGAAGCCAUAGCUUGAUUUUACUAUGAGCUAUGAAGUGUGCCUGUUAGUUGCAGGUUAUUGGUGUUUGUGCUUUAACAAGGUCUAAAUGCACAGAGAGUGAUAUUUGCUUAAUUUUCUGUUCAGGUUUCCAGAGAAUGACAUUUUUACUUCUACCUAAGGUUAGGUAGGUUGAUGCUUAAAUAGAGCAUCAGCUAAUUUCAAAUACUUUUAUUUUUACCAGAGUAGCUGAAGCAACUUCAGUGAGAGUGUUUUUUCUGUCUCCUGAAGUCUGUACUCUUCCUACAGUGUUUAUAAAAGUUGAACAAGCUAGGAA